CUGGCAGCACUGGUGGGUGGCACUGGUGGGUGGGCACAGGUGUGUGACACUGCAGAGUGGCACAGGUGGGUGCACUGCUGGGCACAGGUGGGCGGAGCUUGCGGGUGGCACUGCUGGGCACCGAUCAUCAGGGCACUGAUCAUCAGUGCCGAUCCCCGCUCUGACAACUGCCGGUUCUCGGCAGUACUUUCCUCACGAUCUGACAGCGUGAGGAAAGUGCAGCCGAGAACCAGCACUUGC